AUAAGAGCGUGCGGUAUUGCCAAGCAAGCAUGAUGAGAAGACAGCAGACGAAAGUAACUUGUCACGAGAGGAAUAUAAUGUAGCAAUGUAUUCACUUGAUUGAGACUGAUUGAUGGGUCAAGAUGUUUCGAAAUAUCAGACGUGUCGUCUGUGGUAUAUCUGGCGGAGUUGAUAGUGCUGUUUCAGCACUUCUUCUCAAGAAAAAAGGAUAUGAAGUGAUUGGCCUUUUUAUGACAAAUUGGGACAAGUUAAAUGAAAAGGGUGAAUGCCAAGCAGAUAAAGAUUUUGAGGAUGCCCAAUUCAUUUGUGAACAUCUCAACCUGCCAUUACAUAACGUCAGCUUUGUCAAAGAAUAUUGGAAUGAGGUUUUCAGCCAAUUUCUGGAAGAUCAUAAGAAUGGUUUGAGUUCAGUCCCUGACAUCUACUGUAACCGCUACAUUAAGUUUGGUGAAUUCUUCGACACGGCUAGAAAUGAAUUUAAUGCAGACGCCAUAGCCACUGGUCACUAUGCCAGGACAAGUAUAGAACAUGAUAUGGAGAAUGCAGACUUAUCCAAAGGUGUCAAGUUACUGCGAGGGCUGGACCCUGUAAAGGACCAGACAUUUUUCUUGGCUCAGAUUCCUCAGAAGACUCUGGAAAGGACUAUAUUCCCUGUGGGGAGUAUGUUGAAAAAAGAUGUGAAGAAGAUUGCAAUAGAAUCAGGAUUGGAGAGAAUAGCAAAAAAAAAAGAAAGUAUGGGUUUAUGUUACAUCGGAAAAACAAAUUUCUCAAAAUUCAUUGAAAAUUACAUUGAACCAAAGGUUGGGUACUUUGUGGAUCUUGAAACAGAGGAGAUAAUAGGAGAACAUGAUGGUCUCCACAAGUGGACGAUAGGACAAAGAAUUAAUAUCGGUUCCAGAAACAUGAAAACAUAUGUGGCCUCAAAAGACUCGGCAUCUAAUAACAUCAUGGUGGUAGAGGGCACCAAUCACCCGGCCCUGUUUUGUCAAUCAGCCGUCACCCAAAAACCAUACUGGAUUUGUGGUCCACCUGAGGGACUGUCCCAGUAUCAACCAGUAGAUGUACUCUUCAAGUAUCAGCAUGUUCAUCCUGUUUCAAAAUGUACACUUUCAUUAAAUCCGGACGAUACUCUCACAAUAUGCACGCCUGAACCAAUGCGGGCAUUCACGCCAGGCCAGUUCUUUGUGUUCUACAAUGGGGAGGAGUGUAUAGGAUGUGCUCGGACACACAGAUCAGGACCCUCGCUGUAUCACCAAGAGAAGCGAGAUAGAGUAGAUCUAAGAAUACCUUUUACGUGAUAUUUUUAGAUGUGAAUGUUUAUUCAAUAUAAAUGAUAUUUUAACAAUCAGUUUGGUUUUACAUUUUCUCAUGUAUUUGGAUCAUGAUAUUGUAAUCUAUAGCAGCAAAAUAAUGUCUCUAAGCUUAGAGACGGUACCACUGUUUUUUUGGUGGUUAAUUUUUCAUUAUAUAUAAAUUUCCCGUUUAAUCAUAUACAACUGUGAAUGCUUUCCCUUCAUUUACAAAUUGUUUUAUGUAAUUGCCAAUAAUAAAUGCUGUUCAUUAAGAAUAAAUGA